AUGUCAUCGGACAUAAAUAUGCAUACCGAAAAAUCUGAGUCAGGUACUACUUACGGAGGAUGUGAAGGUCCAGAUGCCAUGUAUGUAAAGCUGGUGAGCAGUGAUGGUCAUGAGUUUAUCAUAAAGCGCGAACAUGCUUUGACCAGUGGUACAAUCAAAGCUAUGUUGAGUGGACCGGGACAAUUUGCUGAAAAUGAAGCCAAUGAAAUCUCACGUACUCCAAAAAGUUUGCAUCAGUUUUCUCGAACAUUGUCGUUGCUAAUCGACUCAAGUUGGGAUCAUGAGGAUCCAAUGCUUCAAAACUACUGGUGCUUGUUGACAAUGUUGUACCGUGCUUUGGUGAAUGACAUCUUGAAUGAUCGUGCUCAGAGACAGAUAAAUUUCUACGUCAAAAAUUGGAUCUAA